AUGCCGCCGCUACCUGCUAAAGUUGAAGAGGACUUGAAGGAGGUUGAGCAGACGAAGCAUGCCUUCAUCUCUGAAGAAUCAUUUUACGAAAUCUAUGUAUAUGUAAUUCGUCUACUACAUAGAAAACAUUCUAUUUUGAAAGAUGAGCGUACAAGGAACGCCACCAAGCAGGACUUUGUCAAUGAAACCUGGACGCCAAUCAUGGCGAAGGUAUUCAAUGACAGCGAUCUUAUUUUGAAGUGGGGUGACUCUGUGUCACAAGCAUCAAUUGUAGCAAAAAAACGAUCACUGCCAGAGGGAGACGCUUUCGGGGAUAGAAUGGAUCUCGGAAUUAUGACGAGUAUCAGCGGCAGUAUGCACGAUGUGUUAGCUGGUGAAUUUGCCAACAGUAAACUUGGCCCUUGGAAAUUCACUGCUGACCAUCUGAAGGCUCUACGAGAAUCGAAAAUUAUUUUAGAUCAUGUAGUCAAUCAAGAAUUCACCACAGCACACGAUGCACGAAGAUUGAUAGUGUCAAGCUUUCAAGACAACACCUUAGAGGAUGAGGUCAAAAUUACAAAACUUUAUGCUCCCGGCUUGUUUAUCAUACAGUAUAUAAGUGCGGCAACGGUAUUAUUGUCCAUGUACUAAUGUAAGAUUAAGCGUUAGUGAACAGGUCCUAGCGCAGUGUCUUUAAGAAAGUGCUUAUUUUUGUAUGUACCUAAAUGCUCUUUUUGAAGGCGCAAUAUUACGAAUAUAAG